AUGGACGACGCCAGCCUCGAGAAGGCGCUUCUCUUGGAGGUAUCCAAGGGCGACGUCCAGUCCGACGCGUUCGCGUCCACCGCGGGCGUCGACCACAAGAAGAUCGUCGGCCUGAUCAAGUCGCUCCAGGCGAGCGAGCUCGUGACCUCCAUCGCGACCGAUCACGCCGAGCUCGUCCUCUCGCCCGAGGCGAUCGCUUACCUCGAGCGAGGCACCCCGGAGGCGCAGGCGUACGCCGCGAUCCCCGCGGAGGGAUGCACGCUCGCGGAGUUCAAGGCCAAGGUGGACGCGGCCGUCGGCGACGUCGGGUUCAAGCAAGCGAUGCAGUGCCGAUGGGUGGGGAUGGUCAAGGCGGAGAAGGGCGCGGAGCCGAGGGUGGAGCGGAAGGCGGCGGCGGUGGAGGACGUCGCGCGCGAGCACCUCGCCGCGGUCCACGAGAAGGGCGCGGCGUGCGGCGUCCCGCAGAAGGAGCUCGACGUUCUGAUCAAGAAGCGCAAGCUCGUGAGGCUGGACGCGUGGAAGACGUACGUCAUCUCCAAGGGCGCGGCGUUCGCGUUGGAGCGGAAAAAGGCGCACGCGGAUCUGACGCACGAGAUGAUCAUGAGCGGGUCUUGGAGGGACGCGGACUUCAAGGCGUACAACCUCGUCCCCGGCGCGGGCGCGCCGCCGAACGGCGGACACGUCCACCCGCUGCUGAAGGUCAGGCAGCAGUUCCGCGAGACGUUUCUGCAGCUCGGGUUCGCGGAGAUGCCGACGAACAACUUCGUCGAGUCCGGGUUUUGGAAUUUCGACACGCUGAUCCAGCCGCAGAUGCACCCGGCGCGCGACGCGCACGACACGUUCUUCAUGAAAACCCCCGCCGCCGCUAACCGCGCGCCGGAGGACUACGUCGAGAGAGUGCGGACGAUGCACGAGACGGGCGGGCACGGGAGCAUCGGGCACCAGUACGCGUGGAAACGCGAGGAGGCGGAUAAGAACAUUCUUCGCACGCACACGACGGCGGUGAGCGCGCGGUGCCUUCACAAGCUCGCGCGGGACGGGUUCAAGCCCGCGAAGUACUUCUCCAUCGACCGCGUGUUCAGGAACGAGGCUGUGGAUCGGACGCACCUCGCGGAGUUCCACCAGGUGGAGGGCGUCAUCUGCGACGUGGGCCUCACGCUGGGCGACCUCAUCGGCGUGUUGUAUCAGUUUUUCGCGCGGCUGGGGAUGACUGAGCUGCGGUUCAAGCCCGCGUUUAACCCGUACACGGAACCCUCCAUGGAGAUCUUCGCGUACCACCCGAUGCUGAAGAAGUGGGUCGAGGUCGGGAACAGCGGGAUGUUCCGCCCGGAGAUGAUGCUCCCGAUGGGGAUGCCCCCCGACGUGAACGUCAUCGCGUGGGGGCUGUCGUUGGAGCGACCGACGAUGAUCAUGUACGGCAUCGACAACAUUCGAGACUUGUUCGGGUCGAAGAUGCAGAUAUCGAGCGUGAAGAACAACCCGGUGUGUCGGUUAGGGCUGAUCGAGCAGGAGGAGACGGUGAAGGCGACGCAGUGA